GUGCGCAAAUAGGAUGAACGCAAAGGGCUCAAAUCAACAGCUCCACGGGCAUCAGGGGAGUGAGGAAGCAGAAUAAAAAGCUCAUCCUUUUGGUUAUCUGCAGAGACUCCGUCCGUCCCCUCCAACAAAUCCCAUCCCGAAACCUCGUCGACCUCCAAUGGCGGCCGCGACCUCCUCCUUCGCCACGCUCGCCAUCGCCCGCCCGGCGGCGUCGGGGGCGGCGGCGCAGAGGGCGCUCCUCGCCUCGAAGGUCCCCUCGUCGGCCCUCUCCCUCCGCGGCGGCCGCGUCGCGUCCCCGGCCCUCUCCGUCUCCCAGCAGAGCCGCGCGCGCUUCGUCGCCUCCGCCAGCGCCGAACCCUAUGCACCUGAGCUUCAGUCCAAAGUUACAAACAAGGUGUACUUUGACAUAAGCAUUGGCAACCCUGUCGGGAAGAAUGUUGGAAGGAUUGUCAUCGGGCUCUAUGGGGAUGACGUUCCACAAACCGUUGAGAACUUCCGUGCACUCUGCACUGGGGAGAAAGGGUUCGGAUACAAGGGAUCAAGUUUCCACCGUGUCAUUAAGGACUUCAUGAUUCAGGGAGGAGACUUUGACAAGGGCAACGGUACUGGAGGGAAAAGCAUAUAUGGCCGCACCUUUAAGGAUGAGAACUUCCAAUUGGUUCAUACUGGACCUGGAGUGCUCAGCAUGGCUAAUGCUGGACCGAACACCAACGGCAGCCAAUUCUUCAUCUGCACAAUGAAGACACCGUGGCUGGAUGGGAGACACGUUGUCUUUGGCCAGGUUCUUGAAGGCAUGGACAUCGUAAGGACGAUAGAGUCGUCGGAGACUGACAGAGGUGACCGUCCGAAGAAGAAGGUGGUCAUUAGUGAGUGCGGGGAGCUUCCAGUGGUCUGAGUUUUAGAUGGCUUAUCAUCUUCGAUCUGCACAUCUGGAUUUUGUUCUGGACUUGUUACAGGUCUUUCUCCUACUAGUUAGAGACUGCUGAGUUGAAGCCAAUAUUUCUAAUCUGAGCAUACGGCAUUCAACUACUGUUGGGCUGGAAUAAGAAUGUGAUUGCUUUCCUCAACCUGUUUUGUAGCAUUGUUCAUGAUAGAUAAUGCCUUGUGAAUUUUCUGGCAGAUCCAUGAAAUGCCUGGAUAUCUCUUA